CCACGGGCCCUGCACAGCAUGGGGAGGCGCUGCUGGCCGCGGCGCGCCGUGGCCGCCGCGUGUCUGGGUGCCGCGCUCCUACUCCUGGGCGCCGCGCCCCGCGCCCUGAGCCCGGCAUUUGAAAACAGCUUGGGCUCUGGCUGGCUUGGUGGGAAGAGGAGGAGUCCCCUGCAGAUGCUUUAUGACUUGGACCAGGGCCCGAGCUCCGCCCUGGCGGAAGUGCACCGGCAGCGGCGGGACCUGCUGCGCCGCGCCUGCAGUCGCCACACGCGCCGGCAGCGCCUGCUGGGGCCCGAGGACCUGCGGCACGUGCUGGUGGACGACGCGCAUGGCCUGCUCUACUGUUACGUGCCCAAGGUGGCCUGCACCAACUGGAAGCGCGUGCUGCUGGCGCUGAGCGGCCGCGCCCGCGGCGACCCACUCGCCAUCCCCGCGCACGAGGCGCACGCGCCGGGCCGCCUGCCCUCGCUGGCCGACUUCAGCCCGGCCGAGAUCAACCGGCGGCUGCGCGCCUAUCUGGCCGUCCUCUUCGUGCGCGAGCCCUUCGAGCGCCUGGCGUCGGCCUACCGCAACAAGUUCGCGCGGCCCUACAGCGCGGCCUUCCAGCAGCGCUACGGCACGCGCAUCGUGCGGCGCCUGAGGCCGCGCGCGCACCCCGACGCUCUGGCGCGCGGCCACGACGUGCGCUUCGCCGAGUUCCUGGCCUACCUGCUGGACCCGCGCACGCGCCGCGAGGAGCCCUUCAACGAACACUGGGAGCGCGCGCACGCGCUCUGCCACCCGUGCCGCCUGCGCUACGACGUGGUGGGCAAGUUCGAGACGCUGGCGGAGGACGCCGCCUUCGUGCUGGGCCUGGUGGGCGCUUCCGGCCUGCGUUUCCCGGCGCCCCCGCCCGGGGCCAAGGGGGCUGCCGCCCGCGACCUGGCCGAGCGCCUCUUCCGGGACAUCAGCCCCUUCUACCAGCGGCGCCUCUUCGACCUCUACAGGAUGGACUUCUUGCUCUUCAACUACUCUGCCCCUUCCUACCUGCGGCUGCACUAGGCCGUGGAGCCCCCGUGGGGUCCGUCACACUAACCGAUGCCCCGGGGUCUCAGGUGGGGCCGGACAGUGCGCGUGCUGGGGCUGCCUGCCCGGACUCCACUCUGAUCACCACGGCCCCCCGCUUUUCCCUGCUUGGCCGGCCCACCGGGGCCUCCAUCCCACCUGGCCAGGUUUGGGUGCCGCCCACCUCAGACAGCUGUAC